AUGAUGCAAGCCUUGUUUGAUGACGAUGGAGCUGUUCAGCAGUCAUGUGAUAGUUUUGAAGGAGACGUUACAGAAACAAGGGGAAUCUGGUAUUACCAAGAUAUAUAUGCUUCGUUUAGAUUUGAAGGAUGGUACAGACUACCGAUUGGAAACUGGCAACUUCCUGCACAAAGUCAAAUGUACAGUGUGUGUGGUACUGUAGGAUAUUUCGUAGUUCUUACAGAGGAGCUACCGUCUACAUUAGGAGAGGAGCCUAAAGAGAUUAAUACCUGCGUGGUAAAUGAAGAACUAAGCCCCCACUGCAUGAUAAAUAUCGUUGUCAAAAUACGUCUAUGUGGUGAAAGACUGCAUUACUAUCUUCCUUAUUUGGCCUGGCAGCAUCCAUGGACGCCUUACUGUUUCGUUCCAAGCUCUGCAGUUUAUCUUCCACCCGGACUUAUUGUGAAAGUCCAACCAGAACUCGUUUAUACAGAAGAAGAUAUUGGUGGUCGACAAAUGUUAACACCUUCCUUACAGUUUAAAUGUAUUCCAGAAACAAACAGAACAUUGAACAACAAAGUUAAAUGGUACAUUAAUAAUGUGUUUAUUAAAGAAUACGGACCAUCAACAGUUGCUGAAGAAUUAGCUUUGAAUGAAAAAGAUAUGGGCGUAGAUGGUCUCGGCUUUGAGGUAAAAUGUGGAGUGAUAGAAGUCAAUGAAACAGCAGAAUCAAGUGAGACUUUCAGUCAAUCGUUCUAUGCUGGAUUUCAGACUUCAUCAGAAGAAAUAACCGUCAGUAAAAGCAGUUUUGAGGAAGUUACAGUACAACAAACUGUUCCCAUGGGAUGCAGGUAUAUUGAGGGUGAAGCCACGUCUUGUUCCACUACAGUGUCUUUAUACGAUGGUAAUCUGAGUGAACACCCAUGUGAAGCUGGAAUAUCUGCGGUUAACGCUGAUAAUGAUGAUAUGUGCACAAACCAAAUACAAACUCUGCAAAAGAAAGAUUCGUGGGACUCUAAUAAGAAAUAUAAAUUUCGAGUUUCUACUGUUGAUAGUAAUUAUGAUGACGGGAAAGAGUUUGGUGUUCGUGUACAAAUAGGAAGUACGGUAGAUCAUGCAAUAUGGAAAGGAUACACAAUUGAAAAUAUCAAGGUGAAAGUGACUGAUACUGGAACAUAUCAAAACAAAAUGUGCUACUCGCACGUGGAUCCACACAUGAGAACUGGUGAUGGAAGGUCGUAUGAAAACCAAAGAGAAGGAUAUUACAUGUUGUUUCAACACAAAAGCAGUGACAUUGAAGUACAGGAAAGAACGAAAUACUGCUUUGGUGGUGGUAGGGGACCAGUUUGCGCAUGUGCUAUUGCCGUUCGUGCUGGUGCUGAUGUAUUUAUGAUCAACCGCUGUGGAACAAUAAACUUCCUCGACUUCGUCAGUUGUGAUGAUGGUGGAAUUAUUCAAGUAGAAAAGUUAAAUGAUGCAACUUAUAAGAUAAUCACACCAACCGGAACGCAAGUUAUUGUAAAUUUACUCGGGGGAUAUUACCAGAACACUAUGAAUAUUGAUAUAAUUAUGUCACCAAAAGAUCUUGGGAACACACAGGGAUUAUGCGGAAACUUUGAUGGGGAUCCGAAUAAUGAUUUCGUAUUAAAAGAUGGGACCCAAGCAAGCAAUAACAACGAUUACAGGUUUUCUGAAAGCUGGAGGUUGCCGGGAAAUAUCAACCUGUUCACGCUGUCUAAACGUGUCUUAGAAAAUUGGGCUGCUAGGAAUGAAGUGACGUGUCGUUGUGUAGACGGUAUUUGUACUGUGCAAAAGCGACGUGAAUGUGGUCGAACAGCAAAUUCAAUAACAAAGAAAAAGUGCGACAUACACAGCCGAAAGAAACGUGAGAUGGGAGCUGAAAAGCAUCAGCAAGAAAUAGAUCGUCUCUAUAAGUUAAUGCAGACAUCCAGACCUGUAAUCGUAAAGCGAAGUACAGAAGAAACUAAUAUAACAGCUGAUGAAGCUAAGACAAUAUGUCGAGAGUCAAUUUACUCAAGUCCGGCCAUCAGGGAAAUGCCAGAUAAAACUGCAGGUGAAGACCCUGAAGAAGUUAUAAGACAGUGUAUUUUUGACGUACAGGAAUCAAACGACAAAUCUUGGGCGAGUGUGCAUGUCGAUGCUGUCAACACAAUAGCAAAAACGAUUUUGGACCUGAAUCCGGUGUAUGUCGCAAACAAAACUGAUGAUGUAGAAAUAUUCCUAAAACAAACCUGUGUGGGUAAUUGCAGUGGCAAUGGAUUGUGUCUAGACACAGGUGAGUGUAACUGUACAACCUGGUACAGGGGAUCUGACUGCAGUUAUGAUCUACGUGUGCCUGUGGUAAUAGAAGAUAUCCAAGGCGGAGGGGAAUGUGACAAAGCCAAUUCUUCUGACUGCACUUGUUUUACUAUUCGAACAGAUAACAUCUUUGAUGGAUUCUAUUGUCAAAUAUCUAUUUCCAGGAUAAAUAAAACUGGUCAAGAACAAACUUUAGUUGAGAGCUAUAAAGAAAAGGGUGGAUAUGAAGAUAUUUUCACAGGCACGUGUUGCUUAACAUCCGAACAAGAAGAUUUGUCAUCGGAAAUGACAGAUUAUGUUCACGUGUAUAGGUUCUCCGCAAGCAAUGACGGAAACAACUUUGGAGAUCCACAAACAGUUUAUGUGUAUGAUACAACGUGUCAUGAUGUUUAUAUAAAUGGAACAAAUUAUGUGGUUACUCUUAAGGACAACUUUUGUUUCAUCGAGGGUCAGUGUUUCUAUGAAGGGGAAGUGUCAAUGACAAGUUGCAUGUUUUGUAACUCAACUGAAAAUGCUCGAAACUGGACAGAGUACAACCAGUGUUUGAAUGGAGGAACUUGUGCCUAUCGUGACAACCAACAUGCAUGUGAUUGUACUGCAGGAUAUACAGGAAGUACUUGCGAAACAGAUAUAGAUGAAUGUUUGUCACUUCCUUGUAAGAAUAACGGCACGUGCGUUGAUGUUGUCAAUGGAUACAUUUGCAAUUGCUCGGAUGGAUAUGAAGGUCAAAGCUGCGAAACUGAUAUAGACGAUUGUGUAGAAAACCCAUGCGGGACUGGAGGUGAAUGUGUGGAUAAAGUGAAUGGAUUCAGUUGCAACUGUAGACAAGGUUACACUGGUGAUGUUUGUGAAACAGAUAUAGACGAAUGUUUAUCUCAGCCAUGUACGAAUGGGGGUUUGUGCGUAGAUCAGGUCAAUGGGUACAAUUGUACAUGUGUUGAUGGCUAUGGGGGCGCCACGUGCGAUACUGAGAUAGACGAAUGUUUGUCGGAUCCUUGUCAAUAUGGGAACUGUACUGAUAUAUUUACUGGCUAUGUGUGUACCUGUUUGGAGGGAUAUGAAGGACAAAAUUGUGAAAUAGAUACCAAUGAUUGUGUACCGUACCCGUGUCAACAUGAUGGUACUUGUAUGGAUUUUGUCAAUUCCUAUAAAUGUACUUGUGCAGAUGGCUAUAAUGGAACUCACUGUGAAAUAGAUAUAAAUGAGUGUGAAUCCAGUCCGUGUCAGAAUGAAGCCGAAUGUAAAGAUGAUGUCAAUCAAUAUUCAUGCACGUGUAAACCUGGAUACAUUGGGACCCACUGUGAAACAAACAUAGAUGAAUGUCAAUCCAAUCCGUGUCAGAAUGAAGCCCAAUGCAUCGAUGAAGUCAAUCAAUAUUCAUGUUCGUGCAAAGAUGGGUACACGGGAAUCCAUUGUGAAACAAAUAUAGAUGAGUGUCAAUCCAGUCCUUGUCAGAAUGACGCUGAAUGCAUCGAUGGAGUCAAUCAAUAUUCAUGUACGUGUAAGGCAGGCUACACUGGCACCCAUUGUGAAACAGAAAUAGACGAGUGUCAGUCGAGUCCAUGUCAGAACGGAGCUGAUUGUACUGACAAAGUGAAUGAAUAUUCAUGUACGUGUAAAGAUGGCUACACCGGAACCCAUUGUGAAACAAAUAUAAACGAAUGUCUAUCGAACCCGUGUCAGAAUGAAGCCGAAUGCGUGGACGAGGUCAAUCAGUAUUCAUGCACGUGUAAAGCUGGCUACACAGGCAUUCAUUGUGAAACAAAUGUAAAUGAGUGUCAAUCCAGUCUUUGUCAGAAUGACGCUGAAUGCAUUGAUGGAAUCAAUCAAUAUUCGUGUACGUGUAAAGCUGGCUACACUGGCACACAUUGUGAAACAGAAAUAGACGAGUGUCAAUCGAAUCCAUGUCAGCAUGAAGCCGAAUGUAGAAACGAGGUCAAUCAAUAUUCAUGUUCGUGUAAAGAUGGCUACACCGGGACCAAUUGUGAAACAAACAUAGAUGAAUGUCAAUCAAACCCUUGUCAGAAUGAAGCCGAAUGCAUCGAUGACGUCAAUCAAUAUUCAUGUACGUGUCAAGAUGGAUACACAGGCAGCUAUUGUGAAACAAAUAUAAAUGAGUGUCAAUCGAGUCCGUGUCAGAAUGAUGCUGAAUGCAUUGAUGGAAUCAAUCAAUAUUCAUGUACGUGUAAAGCUGGCUACACUGGCACCCAUUGUGAAUCAGAAAUAAACGAGUGUCAAUCGAGUCCAUGUCAGAAUGAAGCCGAAUGCAUUGAUGAUGUCAAUCAAUAUUCAUGUACAUGUAAAGCUGGCUACACGGGUACCCAUUGUGAAGCAAAUAUAAAUGAAUGUCAAUCCAACCCAUGUCAGAACGAAGCCGAAUGCAUCGAUAAAGUUAACCAAUAUUCAUGCACGUGUAAAGAUGGAUACACAGGCGUCCGUUGUGAAACAGAAAUAAAUGAGUGUCAAUCCAACCCGUGUAAGAACGACGCCGAGUGUGUUGACGAAGUCAAUCAAUAUUCAUGUAUGUGUAAAGACGGCUACACAGGUACCCAUUGUGAAACAGAUAUAAAUGAGUGUGAAUCGAACCCUUGUUUGAACGAAGCCAAGUGCAUAGAUGGUGUCAAUCAAUAUUCAUGCACGUGUAAAGAUGGCUACGAGGGAAAUCAUUGUGAAACAGAUAUAAACGAGUGCCAAUCAAAUCCCUGCCAGAAUGAAGCCGAAUGUAAAGAUGACGUGAAUCAAUAUUCGUGUACGUGUAAAGAAGGCUACACGGGCACCGAUUGUGAAAUAGACAUAGAUGAGUGUAAAUCCAGCCCAUGCCAAAAUGAUGCACUUUGUAUAGAUGGCGUCAAUCAAUAUUCAUGUACGUGUAAAGAUGGCUUUUCCGGCAUCCAUUGCGAAACAAAUAUAGAUGAUUGCGAAUCUAACCCAUGUCAAAAUGACGCCGAAUGUGUAGAUCAAGUCAACCAAUAUUCAUGCUCGUGUAAAUAUGGCUAUAUGGGUGACCAUUGCGAAACAGAUAUUAAUGAUUGUCACUCAAAUCCGUGUCGUAACGGAGGCAAAUGUAUCGAUGAUGUCAAUAAAUAUUCAUGUGGUUGUCCAGACGGCUAUACGGGUGUCCAUUGUGAGACAGAUAUAAAUGAGUGUCUGUCCAAUCCGUGUAAGAAUGAGGCAAAGUGCAUCGAUGAAGUCAAUCUAUAUCAAUGUACGUGUAAAGAUGGCUUCACAGGAAUGCAUUGUGAAACAGAAAUAGACGAAUGUUUAUCCAACCCAUGCUACAAUGAUGCUGAAUGUAUUGAUGAAGUCAAUGGAUACACUUGUACAUGCAGUAAUGGAUAUGAAGGAAUUGACUGUAAAAUAGAAAUAAAUGAAUGUGAAUCUAGUCCGUGUCACAAUGGAGCUGAUUGUAUUGAUGGAAUCGAUAGCUACAGUUGUACUUGUAAAGACGGAUACAAAGGCAGUAAUUGUGAAAUAGACAUUGAUGAAUGUUUACCAGAUCCAUGUCGUCAUGGAGGCACGUGCGUUGAUCUUGUGAACGAGUACCAGUGUAAAUGUGUAGAUGGCUACAACGGAACCAACUGUGAAACUGAAAUAAAUGAAUGUGAAUCUAGUCCGUGUAAGAAUGGAGCUGAAUGCGUCGACAAUGUUGAUAGCUAUAUUUGUACGUGUAAAGAUGGAUACGAAGGCAUUAAUUGUGAAAUAGACAUUGAUGAAUGUUUACCAGAUCCAUGUCGUCAUAAAGGCACGUGCGUUGAUCUUGUGAACGAGUACCAGUGUAAAUGUGUAGAUGGCUACACCGGAACCAACUGUGAAACUGAAAUAAAUGAAUGUGAAUCUAGUCCGUGUCAGAAUGGAGCUGAAUGCGGCGACAAUGUUGAUAGCUAUAUUUGUACGUGUAAAGAUGGAUACGAAGGCAUUAAUUGUGAAAUAGACAUUGAUGAAUGUUUACCAGAUCCAUGUCGUCAUGGAGGCACGUGCGUUGAUCUUGUGAACGAGUACCAGUGUAAAUGUGUAGAUGGCUACACCGGAACCAACUGUGAAACUGAAAUAAAUGAAUGUGAAUCUAGUCCGUGUAAGAAUGGAGCUGAAUGCGUCGACAAUGUUGAUAGCUAUAUUUGUACGUGUAAAGAUGGAUUCGAAGGCAUUAAUUGUGAAAUAGACAUUGAUGAAUGUUUACCAGAUCCAUGUCGUCAUGGAGGCACGUGCGUUGAUCUUGUGAACGAGUACCAGUGUAAAUGUGUAGAUGGCUACAACGGAACCAACUGUGAAACUG